AUGGAUGAUGCUCCAAACUCCUCGCCCUCCGCCUCGGACCAUGACUCGGACGUCGAUUCGGGAGCGGCCUUUUGGCUGACCCUCGGUCGGGCCGCGGCCCGAAACCCGCCCAGCCAGAGCCAGCGCAAGCGCCAUGCGCCGCCCCUCUUUUCCAGCCAUGCCGGCGUCAAGGUCCACGACCCGUCGGUCAUCUUCGCGGCACAGAUGUCCCACCUGGCGCCGCUGGAGGCCGAGGGGUGCUUUAUGCCCAUCGGCGCCCGAGACAAACGCUCGCUGGCCGCUUGGUACCCGGCCCUCGGCGCGGCCAAACUCCUGCGCUCUCGUGGGCCGCUUCUCAAGAGCAUGGGUCUUGCGCACUUUCCCCUGCCCGGGACAUGGCUGGCACCGGAGGAGGCGGUUUUCCUGCUGGAGCGUGGUUCGCUCCUCAUCUGCGAUCAGUCAUCCUACGAGGCGGCCCUGGCUCGGCAGAGCCCGGCACCCCGGUGCAUGUGUGGCGGUGGGCGCCCGGCCAGCGGGUUGGCCCCUGACGCCGGUCUCCAGCCGGUAGAGGGUGCCGGCUUGGCGGCCUCCCCGUGCGUCCCCUUGUCUGGCGACAGCACGCCGACGGGAUCCCCCUGUCCGCCGGAUGGGCCUCCGGGAGACACGGACCAGCCGGCCCCCGUCUCGGCCAUCCGGCCGAUGUCCCUCCUGCAAAGCCCGGGCCUGUCCAGCACGCCCGAGCUGGCGGCCCUGGAACUGCCCUGCCGGUGUCUGGUUGGGCUGCUGGAUCCGCUGCUGGCGGAGUGUCUCCUCCAAACGCCCGAGACCGUGCGGUUCCUGUCGCCGGCCCUUCUUCGCGCGUGGCUCGGGCACCUGUGCCAUGCCACGGCGGCAAUGCCGCUUCGGCAGCAGGUUCCUGCUCGAUUGGACUGCGAUACCUCCUACCUGGCUGUGUAUGGGAUUCUCAAGCGUUUGGGGUUCGUCUUUCGGCGGCCACGCCACCUGCCGGCGCCUGGCCCGGGCCCAUCUCCACCCUUGGCCAGCAUCCUGGACUCGUCGCCGGCCCCCGGCUCCGGCUCCGCGCCCCCGCCUGCACCCUACGCACAAAUGUCACUUGCUCGGCAUACUCGGCCGAACUGCCGGACGUCGGGUGUUUUCACGGCCCGGGCACGGCGCGCCCUGGAUAUGCUCGGCCGUCGGCGAUCUGAUCGGGAUGCCGGCGCCAAGUCCCCUGCAUCACCUGAUGGGCGAUCCCAAGCCCAGUACUUCGAGCUGUUCCGACCCUCGCGGCACCAUUCCUUCCGCCGCAGCAACCCUCCCCCUCCGGAUGCGCUGGUGUGGGUGUUUGCGGCCGAGAGCGGACCGCUGGCCGGGGCUGCGGCAUCCCAGGCGACGCUCCUGCCCUCCUCGGGCUGUCCGCCCAGCUCGGAUCUCUUCCGCUCGGUGGCCGAGGUGGUGGACCGCUUCGGCGGGGCCGGCAUCCCGGCUGAUGGGGGUCUGUCCCGGCCCCCUGCGGCGCGGAUUGCCUGUGUGGACGUGGCCGGGUGUCUCUUUUUUUCGGCUCCCCUGACGGGCGAUCUGCCGGACGUUUCAAUCGACUCGCCCCCUCCCUCGAGCACGCCGGAUCCUCCCCCGGUGGCGGCAAGAAAAUAG